UUCUCUUUUUAUAUAAAAAGCGGUGAGCAGACGUAGAAAGUGAAAAGUAAUCGAACUUUUAUGACAAGCGUUGAAUAUAAAAUUACAUCAAAGCAACAGAGAGAGAGAAAAAAUAUUUUAAAAAAAAAUUAAUUCUGUGAAUAAAAACAACGGAAAACAUGCGGAAAAUGCUGUACGCUGUUGUUGCCAUCACAAACCUCUGUUUUAUGAUAGCCCAGUUUGCACUUAAUGGUAUUGCUACUUCUGGCAAUGACGGAGUUGUCCUGAAGAAUGACACAAGAAUCGUGUCUCAAGAUUAUCCUAUUCCUAUAUCACCAGCAAGCUGGACUUUUGGCAUUUGGGGCUUUAUCUAUGCUUGGCAAGCUCUUCUGGUGAUUUAUUCAGUGGUAAACAUCUUCAGGAAGAACGAAAAAGGAGCAGUCUGUGAUAACCCAAGGUUCCUGCCGGUUAAGCUGUGGGUUUUGUGUAUUUUGAUAAGCAGCUUAAACAUCACCUGGCUUAUUACGUUUGACAGAGGUUUGUUCAAUGUCUCUUGCGCCGUGCUAAUCGCGUAUACGCUGGUGAUAAGCAUUGCCAGGGUUGUUUCAUACCGCGCGUUGGAUAAAGCUUCUCCACAACUAGUCAAACAGAAUCAGGUGAAAGACAUAUGGCUGACGAGGGCUCUGGUUCACAACGGGCUGGCUAUCCACGCCACCUGGAUCACCAUAGCAACGUUGAUCAACUUGGCCUUGGUGCUGGCGUAUAGCGGAGACAGAGUGGUCGACGCUGACACGGCCGGGACAAUCCUUUUAGCCAUUUUGUCAUUCCUCUAUCUGUCGUACGUGUUCGCAGACUUCUUCCUGUUAGACAGAUUCACUCGCUACACAAUCACCCCCUAUAUGGUUCUAAUUGUCGCACUCAUCGGCAGCCUUGAUAAUGACUAUCACGAGGGAGAGAGGAACUCUGUAUUCAGAGUUGUCCUUUUGGCUCUUGGCUCGGCCUUCUUACUGGUGAAAAUAGUCGUUACCAUAUAUAAACAUUUUAGGAGAGAGCGCUAUGUCUCCUAUUACACACCAACGAUUGGCGAAAAGCAGCCUGAUGGAAUCUUAGCUUAAUUAAUCUUCUUAUGUUUUUGCUAUUCAAACUUUAGAUAUGUUUUGCUUAUGCAAUGUUUUAAACUAAUUAGGAAACAUACUUUGAUUAGGCAGUUCAAAAUGAAGCUGUCUCUUUUAAAAGCUGAGAUAAUUCAAAAGUGUAAACGUUUCUAAAACGAGCACACGAUAUGAUAAAAUGUAAAAGAUUAUUAAAUAACUGCAUUUGCUUCAUAUUGAAGCCUUCAUUAUAGGGCACUAGUGCUGCAAUAUAACACCUGCAGAUAUCUA